AUGAAGAGUGACUGGUCUAUGGAACCUCCUAUAUACUUUAGAGAGGGAGACUUUUCUACUGAACAAAGUGGAUGGUCUACUCUGCCAGAGGAUCAGUCCAGGUGUGCAGUGUGUCAGCAGGUUCUGAGGGAUCCAGUCUCUAUCACCUGUGGACACAGGUUCUGCAGACAGUGCAUCACCAGAUACUGGGAGAAACCUGCUCCUUCAGGAGACUAUGACUGUCCUCAGUGUAGAAAGAGAUCCAGGACAUGUCCUCUACUACAGCACCUGAGUGAACCCAAUGAUGCAAGAGGCUCUGUAAACCAUAAAGACAGCCUGCAGAGAGCCAUAGUAAAUCAUAAAGACAGCCUGCAGAGAGCUGUAGUAAACCACAAAGACAGUCUGCAGAGAGCUAUAGUAAACCAUAAAGACAGUCUGCAGAGAGCUGUAGUAAACCAUAAAGACAGCCUGAGAAGGAGGUAUGAAUGUGUGAUAGAAGGCAUCGAAACAGCAGGGAACCAAACUCCCCUCAACAGGAUUUACACAGAGCUCUACAUCACAGAAGGAGAGAGUGAAGGGGUUAACAAUGAACAUGAGGUGUGGCAGCUAGAGACAGCAUCCAGGACACCAACCUCCCAUGGCACAGCAAUCCACUGCAAUGACAUCUUUAAACCCUUACCUGGCCAAGAGAGAAGCAUCAGAACUGUGCUGACGAAGGGCAUCGCUGGCAUCGGAAAAACUGUCUCUGUGCAGAAGUUCAUCCUAGACUGGGCUGAAGGGAAGGCAAACCAAGAUGUGGACAUCAUAUUUGUGCUUCCUUUCCGGGAGCUGAACCUGAUCAAAGAUCUCCAGUACAGUCUUCUCAGACUUUUAAAUGACUUCCACACAGAACUAGACAUAGACAAUGCAGAGAAACUCACUGCCUGUAAUGCCAUGUUCAUCUUUGAUGUCCUUGAACACAUGUUGAGUACAGACAAGAGGAGAGAUAUGCCCACGACUCUGACUGAGAUGUCCAUGCACUUCCUGCUCAUUCAGACCAGCCUGAAGAACCAGAAGUAUCAUGGAAGAGAUGAGAUGGAUCAAGAGGAGCUCAUGGA